AUGACAUGCAAUGAGAAAAGUGAAGGGUGUUUGAUGCUAUUUGGUGUGAACAUUCUUGCAAAGAACCCUAUAAGAGAUGGUGUCCCCAAAUGUUCAAGUAUGCUAAACCGCAGUUAUUGCCAUGGAGAGGAGGAGAUUAAUGCCAAUAAAGAAAAUUCUGAAGGUGGAUAUUUGUCUGAUGUUCUUGUUCAACAACGACAUAACUUCCAUGACAAGAAAAAUAAGGGAAAACCUUGGACUGAGAAAGAACAUAAGGAUUUCCUAAGUGGUUUAAAGCAUCUUGGAAAAGGUAACUGGAAGGAAAUCUCAAAGAACUAUGUGAGAACAAAGACUCCCACCCAAGUUGCAAGUCAUGCACAAAAGUAUUUUCUUAGAAUUGGUGCUAUCGAGACAAGAAAACGUAGAAGAAGCCUCUUUGACAUACCAUUGGAAGAGGAUGGAACUUCAAAAGUUUUCCGAGAUUCCCAUUAA